AUCCAUUAACCCCAUCACAACCAUCCCACUAGCACUGUUCCUUCUUAAUCCUAAUUAAUCUUCACUAAUCACAAUUAAUCACUCAUUCACACAUCACCCUCCAAAUUUACUAUACACUCCUACAUAGUUCAUACCACUUCUUCUUUCUUCUUUCCAUUCAAUCUUCAUCUUCAUCUUCAUCUUCAUCUUCUUCUUUCUUCUUGUUAUCCUUCCUUCCCACAAUGCCCCUGCUAUUCCUAUUUUCCCUCUUACCUCUCCUGCUAUCUCACUCAUAUUCCACUCUUAUUCCAAAUCGCCGAACACUUCAUCAACCUUUCUUUCCCAUUCUAUCCCCACCUCCUUCUCAACCACCAUCUCCGUCCAUCCCAAAAUACCCUUCAUCCUCCACCACCUCAUCCUCCAAUUCCCAACCUUUCUUCCCAUCUUACCCUUCCCCUCCACCACCUUCCUCCUCCUCCUCCUCCUCCGUCCCCACUUUUCCGGCCAACAUCUCCUCUUUAACUUUUCCCUCUUCCCAUUCUACCCCUUCUCGCUCUUCCCGCAAACUCCUCCCAGCUAUACUUCUCCCUCUCUUCAUUCUCUCUCUUCUCUCUCUCACCCUCGCCUUUUUACUCCACCGUCGCCGGCAUUCCCGGAAUGCCCCCCGAUCCGACGGCGAACAACUCUUCUCCACCCCAUCCAACGGCCAGAAACCAACCCCCGCUGUGACCACCACCACUGCUUCUGAUUUCUUGUACUUGGGAACUCUUGUGAGCUCUCGCAGUCGGAGUGCGGAUCCCGAGGAUGGCUUCUCUGCCGUUGGAUCCCCUUACAGGAAGCUCGGCGCGAGAUCGCCGGAGCUCCACCCUCUCCCGCCGCUCUCCCGCCAGCUCCGUCGCCAUGGCGGUGCUGAUGGGUGCUCCUCUGAUGAGGAGUUUUACUCGCCGCGAGGGUCGUCGGCUGGGAAGGAAAGCUCUGGGCUUGGAUCUAGUUCUAGAGGAACCUUCCGGCCUUCGGCAUUGCCGGAACCCGGGUCGCAUAGCUCGACCCAUAGCUCGCCGUCGUACCCGGCGUCGUCGCCGAGCCUUCCGUCUCCGGUUCGUGCGAGAUCCACUGAGAAAUCUCAGCCGCCUCCACCCCCGCCUCCGCCACCUCCUCCGGCGCUGCGGCCGUUGACCCCGUCGCCACCGAAGAGGAAGCCGCCUCUGAGUUGCCCUCCAGCUGUGAAGAAUUUAGAUCGGAAGUCGUGGCAGUUGACUCCUCCACCGCCACCACCGCCGCCGCCCUCUGGGUAUUGGGAGAAUCGUGUUCGGAGUGCGCCGCCGGCCCUUGUGAAGCCACAGCCAAUUGGUCUCAAGAAUGUGGUUGCUGAUCCGGCUCCUCCGGUGGCUGAAGAGCAUGCGGAUGAGGUGGAGAAGAAUGAGGAGGAGAAUCUGAGGCCAAAGUUGAAGCCUUUACAUUGGGAUAAGGUCCGGGCAAGCUCAGACCGUGCAAUGGUCUGGGAUCAGCUGAAGUCCAGUUCUUUCCAGUUGAACGAGGAGAUGAUUGAGACAUUGUUUGUCUGCAAUCCAGCGAGCACAGCGCCGAAGGAGACGAACUGGCGGCCUGUGCUCCCUGUACCAAAUUCAGAGAACAGAGUACUUGACCCAAAGAAGUCACAGAACAUUGCUAUUUUGCUCAGGGCACUGAAUGUUACCAAGGAGGAAGUCUGUGAAGCACUUUUAGAAGGUAAUACAGAUAGCCUGGGAACUGAACUUCUGGAGACAUUGUUAAAGAUGGCUCCUAGCAAAGAGGAAGAAGGUAAACUGAGAGACUACAAAGAUGAUUCGCCAUUUAAGCUGGGCCCAGCAGAAAAAUUUCUGAAGGCAGUCCUUGAUAUCCCAUUUGCAUUUAAAAGAGUGGAUGCAAUGCUUUACAUUGCAAAUUUUGAUUCGGAGGUCAAUUACCUUAAAAAAUCAUUCGAAACUCUUGAGGCAGCCUGUGAAGAGCUGAGGAGCAGCCGCUUAUUUCUCAAGCUACUAGAGGCAGUCCUCAAGACGGGGAACCGAAUGAAUGUUGGAACCAAUCGGGGUGAUGCAAAGGCCUUUAAGCUUGAUACUCUCCUCAAACUGGUUGAUGUUAAAGGCACUGAUGGCAAGACCACCCUUCUCCAUUUUGUCGUCCAAGAAAUUAUCAGAGCAGAAGGCUCCCGCCUUUCCGCCAAUUCAUCAACUACCAAAACUCAGGCAAGUACAUUACAAGAUGACCUCGAGCACAAAAAGCUUGGCCUCCAAGUUGUUGCCGGACUUGGAGGAGAGCUCAGCAACGUGAAGAAGGCAGCUGCAAUGGACUCUGAUGUGCUCAGUAGCUAUGUCUCCAAACUUGCUGCUGGAAUCAACAAGAUCAGUGAGGUCUUGAGAUUGAAUGAGGCCAACAAAGGUACAAACGAGAGCAGUGAUCAAUUCGACAAAGCCAUGAGUGAGUUCUUGAAGAAGGCAGAAGAUGACAUCAUAAAAGUUCAAGCUCAAGAGAGUGUGGCCCUGUCUCUGGUCAAGGAAAUAACCGAAUAUUUCCAUGGCAAUUCAGCCAAGGAAGAAGCUCACCCAUUCAGAAUUUUCAUGGUGGUAAGAGACUUUCUCACAGUUCUUGAUCAGGUAUGCAAAGAAGUCGGGAAGAUCAAUGAUCGCCACUUUGUUACCUCAGCUCGACAGCUUCCCGUGCCAGUGAAUCCAACUCUGCCGCCGUUGUUUCCCCGGCUUCAUGCAUUGAGGCCUGAGAGCUCUGAUGAUGAAAGUUCAUCGUCGUCUUGAAUUCAUUGGACUAGCAUUUCUCAGGCAGCAAAUUUUUGUGCUAUCAACAAUCAGCCGGAAGCCUGGCUGAACAUCUAUCAAAACACCGGAUGACUCUUCUUCUUGUAUGUGUAGAAAUUGAUGUAAAAUGUUCUUUAGAUGUUUAUUAUGGCCACAUAUAUUUAUAUAUAUAGAAUGAUAUCUAAAUGUAGGUCAGAAUAAGAUGAGGGAAUAGGCCUUUUUUUAUAUGUAUAUCUGCUUUAAUUUAUUAAUUUUAGCAAUAUCUAUGCAUCAGUUCAAAGAAAGUUGCAUUUGUUUC